AUGCAAGCUCCUGUUGUGGUUAUGAACACCAAUGCCGGUGGUGACAGGCAGACUGGAAGAAGAGCUCAGCUCUCCAAUAUUGCAGCCGCCAAGACAAUCGCCCACAGAGUUGCCGACAUUAUUCGAUCAUGUCUCGGUCCCAAGGCCAUGCUCAAGAUGCUGCUCGACCCCAUGGGCGGCAUCGUCCUCACCAACGAUGGCCACGCCAUCCUCCGCGAGAUUGAGGUUUCUCACCCGGCCGCCAAGAGCAUGAUCGAGCUCAGCCGCACACAGGACGAGGAAGUCGGCGACGGUACCACGACCGUCAUCAUUCUUGCUGGUGAAAUUCUUGCACAGGCCCUCCCCCAGCUCGAGCGCAACAUCCACCCCGUAGUCAUCAUCUCUGCCUUCAAGCGCGCCCUCCAAGAUGCUCUCGAAAUCAUCGAAGAAGUCUCCACCCCGAUCGACGUCAACGACGACGAGGCCAUGUCCAAGCUCAUUUCCUCGUCCAUCGGCACCAAGUUUGUCAGCCGCUGGAUGGACCAGAUGUGCAGCCUUGCUCUCAAGGCUGUCCGCACCGUCACCUGGGAGGCCGGCAACGGAAAUACCGAAGUCGACGUCAAGCGCUACGCCCGUGUCGAAAAGGUGCCCGGCGGCGAGAUUGAGGACAGCGAGGUCCUCGACGGUCUGAUGCUCAACAAGGAUAUCACACACCCCAAGAUGCGCCGGCGCAUCGAGAACCCCCGCAUCGUCCUCCUUGACUGCCCUCUAGAGUACAAGAAGGGCGAGUCCCAGACGAACAUUGAAAUCACCAAGGAGGAUGAUUGGAAUCGCAUUCUGCAGAUUGAGGAGGAGCAGAUUAAGAACAUCUGCGAAGCUAUUAUCGCUGUCAAGCCCGACCUGGUCAUUACUGAGAAGGGUGUAUCUGACCUCGCACAGCACUACUUUAUGAAGGCCAAUAUCACAGCUCUGCGCAGAGUCCGCAAAACCGACAACAACAGAAUAGCCCGUGCUACCGGCGCCACUAUUGUCAACCGCGUUGAGGACCUUGUCGACUCUGACGUCGGCACCAAGUGCGGUCUUUUCGAGAUUGAAAAGAUUGGCGACGAGUACUUUACCUUCCUGACCAAGUGCAAGGACCCCAAAGCCUGCACUGUCCUGCUCCGUGGUCCCUCCAAAGACGUGCUCAAUGAGAUUGAGCGCAAUCUGCAGGACGCCAUGGGCGUUGCCCGUAACGUCUUGUUCCACCCCCGCCUGUCUCCUGGUGGUGGUGCUACCGAAAUGGCCGUGUCGGUGCGCCUGAACCAGCGCGCCAAGUCGAUUGAGGGCGUUCAGCAGUGGCCGUACAAGGCCGUUGCCGAUGCUCUCGAAGUCAUUCCCAGAACUCUUGUCCAAAACGCUGGCAAGAGCCCUGUCCGUGUAUUGACGGACCUCCGCGCCAAGCAGGCCGAGGGCAAGAGCUCGUGGGGUGUCAACGGCGAUAGCGGCACGAUAGUAGACAUGAAGGAGUAUGGCGUGUGGGAGCCCCAGGCCAUCAAGUUGCAGAGCAUCAAGACUGCUGUCGAGGCUGCUUGCUUGCUGUUGAGAGUUGAUGACAUUUGCAGCGCCAAGAAGCUGCAAGGCGGCGCUCCUGGUGUUGGCGGCGGCGGCGGCGGCGAGGAGUAA